CGACUCAGACAAAACUAGUUAGAGUUCCCUCAAGGUUAAUGGUGAUAACCUCCAGGACCAGGAUGUUGUUGUAACAGAGAAUGUCAACCUACCUUAUUAAAUACAGUGGAAGGAGCUGAGAUAUGUUAGGGGGUUGAAUAAAGCCAUUUUCUACUUGGACUGAAGUGACUAUUUCUGGUCAUGCUUCUCACUACUAUCUGGGGAUUAGUUGUAAUUUUGUUGGCUCCCUCUCCCCUGUUUUUACCUUUCCUAAACCCCUCUCUCCCUCCAGGAGGAGCAGAACACUGUUCCUCUGUCCACGCUCUUCAAUGUGGUCGACACAUUGCUUCGAGGAUGCCAAAGAUCGCUACAAACAGGCGGUGACUCUGCUGGGUAAUCGGGAGAUGGAGGAGAAGAGGAGCAUCGCAGCGGUGCAGCUGCCCAUCUACCUCACCCUGUCCCUGACCCAGCUCCGUCUGGACAGGCCCCUGAAAGCCCUGGAGUACGGCCACAAGGCCAUGGAGAUCGACCCCACCAACACCAAGGCCCUCUUCCACUGUGGUCAGGCCUAUUUGGAGUUGUUUGACUAUGAGAAAGCCCAGGAUUACCACAGGAUGUCUCAGGCCAACAAACCAUUCGACAUCGACAUCAACAAUCUCCUGAGGAAGCUUGCCAUAUGCUACAAGGACUAUUUGGACAAAGAGAAAGAAAUGUGCUUCAAGAUGUGUGCAGACUUUGUGAAGAAGUGAUGGUAAGGCUAUACAAAGUUGAGGCAAGCGAAUAAAAUAUAUACUGAACAAAAAUAUAAACGCAACAUGAAACAAUUUCAAUGUUUUUACUGAGUUACAGUUCAUAGAAGGAAAUAAGUCCAUUGAUAUAAAUUCAUUAUUCUCUAAUCUAUGGAUUUCACAUGACUGGGCAGGGGUGCAGGCAUGGGUGGGCCUUGAAGGGCAUAGGCCCACCCACUGGGGAGCAAGGCCCAGCCAAUCAGAAUGAUUUCCCCCCCAGAAAAGGGCUUUAUUAAAGACAGAAAUAAUCCUCAUGCUGUUUAAUCAGCUUCUUGAUAUGCCACACCUGUCAGGUAGAUGGAUUAUCUUGGCAAAGGAGAAAUGUUCACUAACAGAAACUGGAUAUAUUUUGAGAGAAAUAAGCUUUUUAUGCGUAUGCAGCAUAUCUGGGAUUUUUUUUAUUUCAGCUCAUGAAACAUGGGACCAACACUUUACAUGUUGCAUUGAUAUUUUUCUUCAGUGUAUAAAGAAAUACAAUUUGAACCCCUUAUAAAAAUACUGACCAGCCUUACAACCAGUGGGGUAGUGGAGGGUAUAUGCCACAUAGCCACUUAUUUUUCGUUGAGAAUUGCGUAUAUUGACUUCUUAAUCCCCAUGAUGCGUCUUAAAGUAGUGUAGUAGAGGUAUACGCCAUAUCAUUUAAUAAGGCUGAUGGAACAGAUCAGAAUGUUUAGUUUAAACUGUUGAUAAACUAAUAUUUCUUCACAUUUUAGACAUAACAAUGUGCACACUGCAGUAGGCCUAUGCCUGAAUGUUCCAAAAUGCAAAUUGCAGUAAAACACCUUUCUAGAAUGUGCACCGCACAUGCGAGCGGUUUCAUGGACAGAGAUGGAAAUAUCUGUUAGAAAUGUAGAAAGAGGGGAGAUCUAAACAUGCAACAACUAUCAUGGGUUGAUAAUAUGACUAGGAUAAUUUGUAUUUUGCUGCUAGACAAUGAAAGAAAGAAAACUAAUAGAAAAGGAGAAAGCAAAUGAGGAAGUCCCACCAUAGAAACGUGGAGGAAAUUGUUUUACAAAAAACAAUUUCCUCCACGUUUCUAUGGUGGGAUUUUGGCUAUAGGCUACUUUGAAGCAAGAUAAGACAUGCCUCAUAAUAUGAAGUAAAACGUCCAAGUUUCAAGCAAUUAAGGAACAGGAAAAAUAUAGCGACGUUAAUGAUAGGCCUAACUGUACUCUGGUAGAUGGAAAGGCUUUCCCAAUAACCUUCUCAAUUAAAUGUUAACCUGUUUGGGCUAGGGGGCAGUAUUGAGAAUUUUGGAAAAAAUAUGUGCCCAUUUUUAACUGCCUCCUACACCAACUCAGAAGCUAGAAUAUGCAUAUUAUUGUUCACCCUAAAGUUUCUAAAACUGUUUG